UUAUCCACAUUCCUUUCUACAUGUCAGUUUCUUUCUUCGUCUCCUCUUCUUCUAGUUAUUAAAUCCUCCAACAAGUGUUGCUCAAUUCCGGUUAAUUUUCUUUUCCGGUUUUAUUUUGCUUUAAUUUCAAACGAAAGGAAAGGGAUUCUAGUUUCUCUGAAAAAAUUUUCUGUUCCAAAAAUUAUCUACUGAUUCUGUAACCAAAGCUAUUUGCAUAAUCCAAGGUAUGACGAGUAUUAUAUCAAGUCAACAUUGUAAUCCACCACUUGGGGUUCAGGACCAUCUAUUCAGAGCGAGAUUCAAUAAGCUUCCUCGUUCUGGGGGAUUCAUUUUCUCUAAUUCUCAAUCUGCUGUCACUCGUUAUCGCCUAACUACAAGGAAACAUAGGCCUAUCUUCUCUAUUCCUGUGGAUGAUACCCAAGAUCCAGAUGAGUCUGAAGAUGAAGAUAGUGACAAGGAUUUCCCCAAAGAUGAAGCUGGAGGGGUUGAUAGUGAAAUGCUAAGGAAAAAUCUUGAAAGAAUUGUUGGUACAGAUGAUUCUGCUUUUAGUGGAAUAGACCUUGCAACUCUUAUCAGGAACAAGUAUGGAAGAUCUUAUGAUGUUCAAUUAAUAAAGAAGGAGUUCAUGGGUAGAAAUCUCCUUGCUUUGAAUGUCAUGUGGAGGUACAUGGAGCAGAGAUCCUUUCCACUAACUGAGGAGGAGUAUUUACUAAGGCUCGAUGAUGUGGCAAACACAUUGAAAUGUUGGGGAGCUGUCUCACACAUUCGAAACAGCUUAUUGAAGUUGAAAGAGCGACCUCGGAUAGGAAAGGCAGUGAGCAUUUUCAUAGACAUGGAUGAGUCUGGAGGCCGUGCGAGAGAAUGGAUUUACAAAUAGAUUGUGCUUUAACCUACCAGGAUUUCACUUGGCCACUUUGGUCCAUGCUUUGAAAAUGAGAGAAGCCAUCCAUCCAAAAGAUAGUCGUUGACCAUUUAUGAAUUGGACAUCUUCUGCUUCAUAGUUGUUAUAUAUUUCCUUGUCGUUUACCUAUAGAUACCACAGUGUCAUGUAAAGCAUCAUAGCAUUGUCUGUAAAUUCAAGAACUUCUAUAUUCCUUUGAUAUAAAGUUCAGUACUUGCAAA